AUUGGCUUGCAGCCUGAAGAUGCCCUGUGGCUUUGUCUGAAUCAGCGACUUUGGUGCUUUCAGACCUUAAAUACUCAAAACAGCAGGGAGCUGCAAAGCCUGGCAGGUUCACCAACUGGACUUCAUGGCUGCCCGUGCUGCCUCUUGAUUCAUUGCACUGUCCAGUGUCCCCCACAUUGGAGGCCUAAUUAGUAUUCAUCAUACUACAGUCAGUUUCUGUAGCCCGUAGCUUCAUGGGGGGGUUUCCUGUCCACUGACCCAGCAGGCUGCCUCACUGGACCAGCAGCCAUGUCCGCCUGCAGCACCUUCACUGAGCACGUGUGGAAGCCAGGCGAGUGCAAGAACUGCUUUAAACCUAAGAGUCUGCACUGUCUGGCUCAGAGUGGUGGAGGGAAGCCUCCCUCUGAGCAGAGGCCUCCAACAAUUCAGCAACAAAAUCCACCCCCUGCUAGCGCCAGAGCAAACACUAACCUUACCAUCAACUCACAGAGGGCUAGCAGUGGGUCUGCCCGCUCAGGACACUUCCGUCCACCAGUGGCUAAAAAGCCAACCAUUGCUGUUAAGCCCACUAUGAUGCUGCCCUGCUCAUCUGUAGGACUGGAUUCAGAUGGCAACCUGCAACGACCACCAAAUGUCUUAGAACAGGGCAAAACAUCAGCCUUCACAGUCUGGAAUCGCAAUGGACUGAACCGUAAGAGGCCUAGUGGGCCCAGCAACAACAAUGAAGGAGAGGAUGGCAGUGAGGAGAUUGAGGGUUAUGGACCACUUAGCCCUAGGACCCCUAGUGGAAAUAACAACAACAGUGGACUGGCAGAUGUUCUAAAGGAGAUUGCAGGGUUAGGCCCUGGCCCUAGCCCUACUCCCCUUUCUGGUUCCAAGGACCUGUUUUGGGGAAGAAUUAGUAGUUCGUACCAGCGGUCCUUGGAAAGAGGUCUUCCAGCCUCAAGCUGCCUGGCCAUGGGAGGCAGCAGUAGUUGUGGUGGUGGCACUGCUCAAAAACGGGUAUCUCUUAGCGAUAGCUCUGAGAUCAUCAGCACAGAGGGCGGUCGCUUUUGCUAUCCAGAGUUUUCCAGUGAAGAUGAAGAAGAAGAGGAGGAUGAGGAGGAAGAGACAGAAAGAGAUGAUGAUGAACAUGAGAGCUGGGAUGAAAGUGAUGAAGAGUUACUGGCCAUGGAGAUCCGUAUGCGAGGCCAGCCACGAUUUGCAAAUUUCCGUGCUGCCACAUUGUCUCCAGUGCCCUUUGCUGCAGGGAAAAAGUGGAAUACUGUGCCACUUCGCAACCGCUCACUACAGCGGAUUUGUGCAGUCGACUAUGACGAUAGCUAUGAUGAGAUCUUGAAUGGAUACCCAUCCAUUGACUCCAAUGGAGCUCUUCUACCCUAUGGGCCCCAUGACAUGCAAGGCAGUGGUUUCCUGUCAAAUUCAGAGUCUACUACUUCUCCAGAAUCAUCGUCAUCACUACCAGAAGAUUCCCGAACAACAUCCAGCAGUGGGAGCAGUGCCCCCUGUGCUCUUCGAAAUGGCUUGCAUUCGCCUACAUCCUCUAGGGCGCCUGUCCCAUGCACUUCUCCCCUAAAAAAGGAGCCCAUCCACAGAGCACUGAGUCCACUCAAGGUGACUGAAACGCACAAGGCUGUGCUGGCCAUUAGGUUAGAAGAUCAGGAUGGCAGAGAAGGCACACCAAUGCCCCAGGCCCUUCCAGGUCAACCAGUCACAAUUAGUUUUAGUCCCACAGAGGAGCAAGCUAAGCCAUACCGUGUAGUGAAUUUGGAAAAAUCACUGAUCUGUAAGCCUUACACUGUUGUGGAUGUGUCAGCAUCCAUGGCCAACAAAGAUGAGCAAACUCUCGAAUCUACUCCAAAACCCAAAAACCUGUCAAUGCCUUCCAGUCCUACAUCCUUCUGUAGCACUCCUGUUGGUCAGCCAUUGUCUCCAACCUCCCCUCUAUCUCCUUCUUCUCCUGUGAUGCCAACAUCACCCUCAUCUGUAGCUCUGUCAAGCACCUCCCGAAAGAAAUCAGGGAACAUACGCUAUCAAGAAGUGUGGACAUCAAGCACAAGUCCUCGCCAAAAGAUACCUAAAGUGGAUAUAGGUGUUGGGAGUAAUCCUGGCCCCUCCAUUCCUACUCAACACUGCAGCCACAAGUCAGCUCCCACUUCUCCAAUUGCUGGGUUGUCUUCCUCUAGAACUGUUCCUGUAAAAUCCUCCAACUUAUCAGAGAUCAAGUUUAACAGCUUCAAUAAUGCAGGCAUGCCUCCUUUUCCCAUUAUUAUUCGAGAUGAGCCUGCCUAUGCCCGCAGCUCCAAGAAUGCUGUUAAGGUACCAAUUGUUAUCAAUCCAAGUGCAUAUGACAACCUAGCCGUGUACAAGAGCUUUUUAGGACUCAGCGGGGAACUGACACAGCCAAAAGGGGUAGGUGGUAGGGUAACCAGCCAUACUUAUGAGGAAAUUGGAUCCUCUGAGAGUGUCCAGUCCUCUUCAACAGAGAAAACUAUCUCUGGUAGAGGCACAUCAGAGAGAGCCUCUUUUGAAGAGACAAAAACUUCACCCGAGGCAGUUUCAAAAGCACCAAAUUUACAACCUAGAACCACUAAAGACUCUAGCACUGUGACAAGCACUGUGAUGAGCUCCGCAGUUGGGGCCCUCUCUCCCACUGCAUCGACAAGUUCCCCUGCUAUUACUGCAAACCAACCUAAAACCAGCCCCACUGCCAAUUCUGUUACUCACACUUGCAAGACAAAUGGAGAUGCUACUUGCAGUAAAGAUGAUAACACAGACUUAGCUUUGUCCUCAGGGACAGAGGCAAGCCAAAGGGAGGAGGCCAGUGCUGUGCUUUUACAGAUUGUGGCCUCAAUCCAGCCUCCCCAGUCUCCUCCAGAGUCACCCUCUGUGCAAGCCAAUACCCUUAGUUCUGAGGAGUUGUAUGCCCUCCCACCUGAUGCCAUGAAGGAGACCCUCACUCGACCCAAGUCUCUCUUCUCCACAACUGAAGGCUGUCUUUCCAAAGCCAAGAAGGACACGCCCUCUAAAGUUUUGUCUAAAUCUCAGAGUGCCUCUGCUGCUGUCCCACUCUCCAGCCCCCGGUCAGAGCCCAAUGCGCCUUUCCCCCCUCCUAGAUCUACAUCCUCCCCCUACCAUGCUUCUAAUAUCCUCCAGAGGCAUUUUAGCAACUGGACCAAGAGUUCUGCCUCAAGUUCUCCUGUUCGACCUAGUGAAGGUGAAGUAAGUCCAGGUGGAGAGGGAAGACGUAGUUCAGCAGAAAGCUCCAAACCCAAACGCUGGAUCUCUUUUAAGAGCUUUUUUCGUCGGCGGAAAGACGAAGAUGAGCAGAGAGAGAGGGUGGAGAGAGAAAAGGAGAAAGGCAAGAUAGUUGGGCUUGAUGGUACAGUCAUUCACAUGCUUCCACCACCACCAAUCCAACAGCAUCACUGGUUCACUGAGGCCAAGCCAGAGGAUCCCACCCAAAAGCCAACCAUCAUCUUCAGCUACAAACAAGACAGUGGCAGCACUCUUGGUGAUGGAGAAGGCGAGCUACGAGUAGAGGAGUGCAGAGAAAAUGCACUACAGACACCUGAUGAGAGCAAAGAACCCAGACCUCUGAGCCCAGGGCGAACAACACCCUCACACACCAGUGGAUGUGAGCUCAUCAGCAAGAAUUUAAGCCAGGUACCAGUCAGUGCCAGCAGCGCCAGGGAUCGGGAGCUGCCCGGUGCCGCCUCCCUGCCUGCCAGAGUGAAUCUGGGGCUGGUGCUCGGGGAGCGAGAGGAGGGUCAUGCCAACCAGGUUGCCACACCAGCCUCAGCCAGCGAUGGCAGUGCCAGCCUCGGAGAGCCAGAGGAGGACGGGAAUCACUCCCAUCACUCCCACUCUCCCGCAUCCAGCCAGUGCAGUGCCACAUACAGCAACCUUGGUCAAUCCAGAGCCAACAUGAUCCCACUGAAACAGCCACGAAACAUCAAAGCAUCCAAUGAUACGUUGGCCUCUAUCGACCUGGACGGUCUCGCUGACCAGCCGGCCCCUAAAGCUACACCACCACCACUACCUAAGAAGGCCGUACCUCGCUCCAGUACUGAACCGAGCCUUGGAGGCAAAGAGUCAGUCCAGGGAGGCCUGAGACCUCGAGCUGAGGCAAGACCUGGGGGCACCAACCUGAGCGUGGCCAACCCUAUCUAUGACUUGGACUCCACCUGGGAGACAGCUAGUCAGAGCUCAUCUCUCAGCUCCGAGCCCCAUCGAGUCCAUGACCACGAGAGCGGUGACUCCCUGGAAAGACCAACAGCUGCCAUGGCUGCCAACAAGGGCCGCCCGACUAACAGCGUGUCCUCUCUGAUUUCUCAGCCUGCAUCGGGUGCACCCAGUGUCUCAGCUGGCAGAGAGAGGAGGGUCUACCCAAGUACAGAGUCUCUGGCUGGAAGGGGUCGGACAACAGGACGAGGUGCUGGAGGCUGCAAACCCCAGAGACCAGCUCUGUACAGGGGCUUGGACAGCUGGGAUGAGGUGGUGGGGAGGAUUCGGGGUCUCCACACGGACACGCUGCGGAAGCUGGCAGCAAAGUGUGAGGACCGUUUCAUGGCCGGUCAGAAAGAUCACUUGAGAUUCGGCACUGACAGCUGGUCCCACUUCAGACUGACCACUGGGAAACCCUGCUGUGAGGCAGGGGAUGCUGUUUACUACACUGCCUCCUACGCCAAGGACCCGCUGGUCAACUACGCCAUCAAGAUCUGUCGGAGCAAAGUGAAGGAGACCCAGCAGCAGUUUUUUCACAGCCUCGCAGUGAGACAGAGCCUGGCUGUGCACUUCAACAUCCAGCAGGACUGUGGACACUUCCUGGCUGAUGUCCCUGCCAGGCUGCUGCCCUGGGAAGAGGAAGAAGGUGAGGAGGAUGAAGAGGAUGAGGAGGAAGAUGCAAACGGGCUGAAGGAGAAAGAGAAAGAUAUAAAGACUGAAACCAAGAUGACGGACUCCAAAGCUCCAAAUGGUAAAUUAGAUGAAACCCCAGCAGCAGGUCACAUGAACACUAUUGGCCGCUUGAGGAGCCGAGUGGUGGUCAUCACACGCGAGGUGCCCUUCCAGACGGUGGCUGACUUUGUCCGAGAAGGCGCGGCUCGGCACACUCAUAACCCUGAGCUGUACGAGCGCCAGGUCUGUCUCCUGCUGCUGCAGCUGUGCUCUGGCCUGGAGCACAUGAAGCCUUAUCAUGUGACCCACUGCGACCUGCGACUGGAAAACCUGCUGCUGGUCCACUGCCAACCCGGCAACCCCUGGAAUCUGGAAAUUCUUGAGCCCAACAACAACAGCAACAGCAGCAGCAGCAGCAGUUCUGGUGCAACCUCUGCCGGCGCUGCUACUGCUGCUGCCAACGCCACCUGCCCCGCCCGCCUCAUCAUCAGUAACUUCUCCCAAGCAAAACAGAAGAGCACUCUCAUGGCUGCUGACCCUGGUACGCUGCGCGACCAGUCACGCCUGGCACCCGAAAUAGUAACAGCAACUCAGUAUCGCAAGUGUGACGAGUUCCAGACUGGGAUUCUGAUCUAUGAGAUGCUGCACCGACCCAACCCCUUCGAGGAGACGCCGGAGCUGAAGGAGCGGGAGUACACGUGGGCGGAUCUGCCGCCGCUGCCUGUCAGAUCGCUCUAUUCACAGGGUCUGCAGCAGCUGGCCAGGCUACUGCUCACUGUCAAUCCCUCCGAAAGGAUCCGCAUGUCCGAGGCCAGGGCCUGCUUGCAGUGCCUGCUCUGGGGCCCUCGUGAGGACUUGUUCCAGGCGCUUGGCUGCAGCAGCACGGGCCCCAUGUCAGGUGCCACCUCCAGCCAGCGCGAGGCCACCCUCCAAAACUGGCUGGACCUGAAGAGGACACUGAUGAUGAUCAAGUUUGCGGAGCGCUCGCUGGAUGCGGCUUGCGGCGUGAGCCUGGAGGACUGGUUGUGUUGCCAGUAUCUGGCAUUUGCCACCACAGACACCCUGAGCCGGGUGGUGCACAUUCUGCAGCAGCCGCAACCACAUCCUCAGCCCCAGAGCCAGUCAGCACACGCAGCACCGAGCCAAACCCAAACACAUCAAACGCACACCCUCCACCUGACUCAGUCGCAGCCACUCUGAGUUCCUCCAGUUACUAUGGAAACAGAUCCAACUUCCCCCGUGUGGUCCCUCUGCUGACGCUAAUGUGUGAUGUAAGCUAAUAGUCAGCUUUGUUGUUGCAGCAGUGCUCACCUAAAACUAAACAGCUGGUUGUUGCAAAUGUCUGUGUUUUCUUCAUGGACAAAUAGAUCCAGAGAGUGAGCGGCUGUGCUCCCAUCAAACAGGGUUAUGAUCAGGGUUAUUCUUAGCGCUCAUUAACAGCAGCGGGAUGCUUGAGAGUCAAGCAAAUGAGGUGUCUGUCUGACAUUGUUCUCAGAUCCAGGCCAUGACAAACUGAAACAUUACAGCAAGUUCAAGUCAUUGUGGCUCUUAGCCGUCACUUGCCAGACAUCUCUUCAUUCUUCAUCUUGCUCUUCAGCUGGUCACAUCUCAUGUGUGUUAAAACACUCCACCAGUUCCAGAUUGAAGAGAUUCACUGAAUAUGUGAAGCAUUUCUAUUUUUUUAUGGGGUUUUUUUCUGCCAAAUUCUGCAAGAAGAGUUGUGAUAACUACAUAUUAGAUAUAGUUUGCAUGGCAGCAGUCUCCUGGAUUUAUUUGAGGCUCUAUCAAAUUGAAUAAUUUUGAGAUUUCAUAGUGUUCAUAGUGAUCUCAAGACAGAUUCCCUCAAAGUACCCGUUUUCUGGGGAGAAAACUUGAGUGUUGUAUUUUAAGUAGGGCUGGGUAUCAGUACUCGAUUUCUUUAAGGCGUCAACCAAAAUAACGCAGUGCUGAGUCAUAUCAAAACUUCUCCAAUCAAGCAAUACCUGCAUUUGAUCCUUUUCGGACCUAGAUCUAGAGUUGGCUGUUCAGCAUAACGAGAAGCCUCCAAAAUGUUUGAAAGUAUGACUAUACUACAUGCUAUUCAUUAUUUAGUGUUCCCACGGUCAUGAAAUGUCUGGGAAAGUUAGAAAAUUGAAAAAAAAAAAACAGUUUUCCGGGCCUUAAAAUGAACGUGUCUAACAUUAUGCAAAAUAUGCUCUGUGACUAAUCUUAACCCAGUGCUGCACUGCGUGACCAUUAAAAUGUCACUGGUAUCACAUUAACAGACGUUGGCGGUGGGAAUGUCUAACAGGCAAGUAAAGUAAGCAAGUUCUAAAAGUUUAAUUAUCAGCAAAUGUAGAGAAAGUAAUUAAUUAUUAAACACAAAAAUGCCUCUUUAAUAAUUAAUGACUUUUUGAAUGACAAAUACAGUCUUUCGUACAGAAUUAGAAUCUCUAUGGUGGCGGCUAAGACAGGGGUGUUAGCAACCUUUCUGGGUUUUUGUAUCUUUUGCUUGAGAAUCCCUUUUCAUCAUUCUGUGUCCCCUCUCUAAAUUCAGAUGUUUUUGCAGGUACAAGAACACAGUGCAGGUGGAACUCAUCAUGACUUCUUUUUUUCCUCAGCAGCAGUUUGAGGUGUUUGAGUCGUGGAGAAAAUAAUUCAUUUGUUUAACCAGUCAGAGCUGAGCAGAUCGAUGGAUGACAGGAGCAGCUGCUGCAGACUUUAGGACCCACACAAUGAACUGUACCGCAGCUGGUGUUUUACUGCUCCAUGUGUGCCCAGAGUACACCCUGCACUCCAAAACUGUUGUGUAAAUGCUAUAUAUAUAUAUAUAUAUAUAUAUAUAUAUAUAUAUAUACUCUAUAUAGGUGCAUAUUUUCCAACAUCUGCGCAAAUAUAAAAUCAAUUCAUGGUGGCAGAUUUUUUAUAUGUUGGCAGGCCACCAGAAAUACAUUAAUGUGUGGGAAACCCUGGUAUCUUCAUGUGUUCUGGUAUUGGUACUAGUUCUAAUUUUAAAAUACCCAGCCCUAAUUUUUCGCAACAAUUCAAUUUUCAAAAGGUGCAGAUUUGAAACCUCUAAAAAAUGAAGGGAGGCCAUUUAAAAUGAAAGGAAAGGUCAAAAUGAACUUCUAAACCAUUGAUGGAUUUGUUCUCUUCAAAAUUUUAUAUAAUCUGACUGAUAUAUACACACACAUGGAUAGAUGCAAACGUGAAAUAUGUUUUACCACCGAAGCCAAAGAUCUGCCAGAAAGUCAGUUUACAGAUACUUUAGAAGUCUUUAGAUGUUUGCUACAGAAUGCAGUCAGACAAGAUUGCAGCAACUUGAGUUGUUGUCAGUCCCAAUUUCGAACAGCUAAACCUCAGUUCAAGUCAGCGAGAUGUCACUCAUUAUUUAAAAAAAAUCACUUACACCCUUAAAUGCUCUUGUUUCAUAUUGUACUUUUCACUUCUGUGCAGAGCUGUAGUUUUCUUAAGUUUUAAAGGCUUUGAAGUUAAAAUGGAACACAUUUAUAUGUGCAAUUAAUGCUUUUAUUACCCUUGGAGGUAACAAAGUAUGAACAUUUUUAUGCAGUCUUUCACUAAUCAUUUCUUCCAUUAGUUUUGUGGCACAUAAACUGAACUUUUUAGAGUGGAUGGGAGACAGGGGUGUUUCAGGGACUGCAGAGUUCUUUGUCUAUUGUUUUUGUCAAGUUGUUUUUGAACGGUUGUGCGUUACGGAUGACAUUUGCACAUUCAGUCUGAACGUCAGUGCUCCUCGAUGGACACCGGGGACACGACGAUGCAGGAGAGACUGAGAAACGUUCCCGUGAAUUUUUGAGGAACUGGAUUUUGUUUUGCAGCGUGUGGAAUGUAGAAGAUUGCCUGGACUGAAACAGACAUUUGGACCUGGUCUCAUCCACUUUAUCUUUCAACCGAACCACUUCACAUAUAAACUGUAAUAAUCAACCACAACUUUGAGGUGAAACUCUACCACUCAGACUUGCUUCCAUUCCUCCUGCCUUUGUUUCCCGUCCACUUUCGUUGAUAUCCGGCCAAUGGGACGGCAGAUCCUGCAUUGAUACUCGCUGCUUCUCGCUCAUCAGCUUCAUUCUGCUUUAAUUAAAUGAGCUCUGUGUCACUGAUCAGUACCUUUCAGCCUGGAGUGAGUGGAAGUAGAAGAAACAUUUUGGGUUUCAUACGCGUUCCCUUGUGUUUAUGACGAUCAAAAACCCCAAAAAGCGUCAGAUCUAAACAGUACUCGGUGUCCGUCUGUGCUGCUCCCUUGAUAUGCAUCCAGGUGGACGAUGCUUUCCACCAAAAGGCUCUGCAUCCACAAGUUUACUUUAUUUGCUCUGGGUCAACUUUUGGGAUCAGGAUCCUAUGAUCCUUUUACUGCAUAUGAGACUUAAUGGUCCACGAAAAUGAGACAAAGCAGGUGUGAAUUUGUUGCUGCAUUAAAGGGUUUGUGUACUGAGGAAUGUGUGUGGACAGCACUGGUGGCUGUCCUUGUAUUUAGAGAUUUAAGCCUUUAUAUAGUAUAUAUAGUAUAAAUAUAUAUAACCUUUAUCUAUUUUAAUCCACACACUAUUUUGUCGAGUACGGAGCACCUCUAUUUCUGUCUUUAGAGUCUAAAUAUCUUUUUUUUUUCCAUCUUUAAAGCUUUACUUGACUUUCUGCAACCUCGCUCGAUAAGGGGGAAUGUAAAGGUGAGUAGUUAUCACUGUCCUGAACAAAGGAUACAUGGAAAAGAUCUUACAUGUCAAGGAGCGUUGAGAUACAGAACAAUGUACAGUAUUUUUACCCCUCUUGUAAAGUUAUCUGCUUAGGAGACGAACCACUUUGAGAAGAGGCUGACGGAAGACUUUUGGACGCACCAUUAAAAACCCAGCAUUCAUCAACUGUACGGCCUGCAGCGAACAGUGUUUGUUUUUCUCUCUUUGCAUUGUUAAUUGCCACUGAACAGAAAAACAGAAGCUCUCUAAGGCUUUCUAUUAAUAUGUGUACAGUUGUGUCUCCUGGCCUGCCGCCAUUUAUUGUUGAUCAAGUUAACCAACAGUAACAGAACAAUAAAUAUAUGUUUUUAUA